AUGGCUCGAAGACGGGAUACCCUCGCCUCCAUUCGUACCACCAGUACACGGUACACAAGGCAAAGUGCCGACUCUCACGAAUCUCGAAGCACUGCGCCUACCUCUCCAUCUGACAGCCCUAGGCCGUCAACCAAAGACUCGAGUUCGCAGGCUCCCCCCAGGUUCCGCCAGGUACAUUAUGGCGAGGACCUGUCGCCGUCGACGAGUCUUUACCCACGGUCAUCUGUCGAGACAUACUCGUCGCAAGCCUCGAUUGCCGAACUGGAAGAGCUGGAAAGGAUGGAAAGUGUGGACUAUUCCGAAAUCCCACCAAUGCCCGUCUACCGACAUGAGAUUGAAGAGACUGAUGUCCGGCCUUCAACCCCUGAAGACUUUGCCAGACUCUUCCCAACCACGAGCAAAUUCUCUAUACGUCAUGACGACUUCACAUCAGACGGCAACAUGAACCUACGUGUGGAUACUGUGGUUUCUGGUCGGCGCAAGAGGACCAUCCAGCUCUUCCAUUUGCGUAUGCACGAUCUCAGCAAACGCGAAUUCUCCCUCCGCCGGUACUGUCGGGACUCUGGUCGCGAAGUCUGCAACUCCAAACGCAAAUAUGUCGAACCGACCAGCCCAAGUCGUCCCCAUAUACACCAAUCAGUAUCUUCGGCAGUCAAGAACCUCGCAGGAAGACCAACUCUCAGCCGUCUGCCGACGGCGGGCUCACUACUCUCGGCUAUCAGUCGACCAGGAACGAGCCUUUCUCCUGUUGAAGCUGACGAGUUCACGGGUGGCUUCACUCACACAAGUGACGUGGACAACACGCCAAAAGCUCGCUCAUUGCCGACAAGUGCCAUAAAAUUGGAAUUUUCCAACUAUGCUCGGGUCGACAUCGACCGCCGAGGGAGCAAGAACGCCAAGAGAUACGAAUUUGAAUGGUGGAAUAGCAAAUACGCAUGGAGACGAGUAGUCGACCAGCUCACGGGUGCCGUCUCUUUCCAUCUUCUCAUGGACGGCAACCACCGUACACCGGUGGCACAUAUUGUACCUGACACGCGGUCACCAGACCAAGUCGCGGCCGACGAGCAUGCUGGGGGAUGGGUCCCGCCGUGCCAUAUGUGGUUCAGCGAUGAGACUCUGUUCGACGACGACGAUGAUGAAGUACGUUUCAAGACAGGUUUCGCAGACGUCGUUGUCGCCACCGGUCUCCUGGCCCUCGUCGACGACUGCAUCAAGCAGCGCUGGCAGCAGAAGAAGGUCCGGCGCAUCAGCCUGCCCGUCCUGGACGGGGAGUUCAUGGGCCCCAGGGCCUUUGUGCAACACCUUCUCCAACGUCGGAACUCGGAUCACCACUCCCAUAGUCCGCUUCGAUAUCAGCGGACAGCCGUCGCCUGCUAG